GAACUGGAGGGGAUUCAGGACAAGUUGGAGAAAUGUUUGACCCUGGACGAAGAGGAUGACAUGGAAGUCUACCAGAGGCACAUACGAGGUGGAAAAGAUGCCAUCCGAGAAGGCGACAUGAACAAAGCUCUGGAGCUUUUCAAUAUGGCUUACAGCAUUCACCGUAGUGACAAGCUGCAGAAGCGAAUCGGGAAAAUCGAGGAGUUUUUGGCCCAGGAUUUAGAGGACGACGACUUUGUGGAAGUCAACGACAGCGGUCUGAAGCUGUACAAGGAGAUCUAUGACAAAUUGUACGCCUACCAAAAGAACGGCGUGGCCUUCUUGUUCGACCUCUAUAAGGACGGGCGCAAAGGCGGGAUCCUGGCGGACGACAUGGGCUUGGGCAAAACCAUUCAGGUCAUUUCCUUCCUGUCGGGAAUGUACGAUAACGGACUGGUCAAGCACACCAUGCUAGUCAUGCCCACCUCGCUCAUCACCAACUGGACCAAGGAGUUUGCCAAAUGGACUCCCGGCAUGCGGGUGAAAGAGUUUCACGGCAGCAGCAAGGCCGAGCGGAACAAAAACCUGGAUAAGAUCCAGAGGCGAGGCGGCGUGCUGAUCACCACGUACACCAUGCUCAUAAACAACUGGCAGCAGCUGUCGACCCACCAGGGUCGAGAGUUCAAGUGGGACUACAUGAUCUUGGACGAGGCCCACAAGAUCAAAUCCAGUACCACCAAAACGGCCAAGAGCGCCUCGGUCAUCCCGUCUAAAAACCGAUUGCUGCUCACCGGCACCCCCGUGCAAAACAAUCUCCGAGAGCUUUGGGCUCUCUUCAACUUUGCCUGCCAGGGCACUCUGCUGGGCACGGCCAAAACCUUCAAGAUGGAGUACGAGAACCCCAUCACUCGGGCCCGGGAGAAAGACGCCACUCCCGGGGAGAAAGCCCUCGGAUCGAGGAUGUCUGAAAAUCUCAUGGCCAUUAUCCGACCAUACUUCUUGCGCAGGACAAAGGCCGACGUGCAGAGCGAAAAAAGCAAGAAGAAAAAUACCAGCCACGUCGGGAGGGAGUUGGAGGACCAGAAGGACUCCGCCAACGGAGUGCCCACGCUGACCAGGAAGAACGACUUGAUCGUGUGGACCUACCUCAGUAGCAUCCAGGAGGACAUCUAUUGGAAGUUCAUUUCCCUGGAGCACAUCAAAGAGCUGCUCACGACAUCCAGGUCACCUCUGGCGGAGCUGACCAUACUAAAGAAGCUGUGCGACCACCCGAGGCUUCUCUCCACGCGAGCUACCGCCACCUUGGGUCUAAAGGACGCUCAGCAGAUGUGCGACGACGACGGGAUGGACAGUCGGAGCAUCGCCAACGUUUCCGAUGACACUCUGAUAGCCGAGUCCGGGAAACUGGCUUUUCUAAUUACUCUCCUCAAACGUCUCAAAGACGAAGGUCACCGUACGCUGGUUUUCGCCCACUACCGAAUGGUGCUCGAUAUCGUCCAGCGCAUCCUAAAGAAUCUAGGAUUCAAAGUCCUGCGUCUCGACGGCUCCAUCACGCAGGUGACGGAGCGGGAGCGGCUCAUCACCCUUUUCCAGACGGAUUCCAGCUACUCCGUCUUUCUCCUGACCACUCAGGUGGGCGGAGUCGGCAUCACCCUGACGGCGGCGGACCGGGUGGUCAUCUACGAUCCCAGCUGGAACCCAGCUACCGACGCCCAGGCGGUGGACCGGGCUUGCCGCAUCGGCCAGACGCGGAACGUGGUCAUUUACCGCUUGAUCACGUGCGGUACGGUGGAGGAGAAGAUCUACAGACGGCAGAUCUUUAAGGACUCCCUGAUCCGGCAGAACACCGGAGACAAGAAGAACCCUUUCCGCUACUUCAGCAAGGAGGAACUGCGAGAGCUUUUCACCCUGGAGGACACCAGGUCCUCCUCCACGCAGCAGCUGCUUCAGUCUCUGCACGCCAAAUACCGCAGCAGCGACCCCGCCCUCGACACGCACCUGGCCCACCUCCACACCAUGGACAUGUUCGGAAUCUCCGAUCACGACCUCAUGUUUUCGCUCAACGUGGACCACGACGAGGCCCUGCAGGGUUCGGUGGAUGAAAAAUACAUUACCGGGCGGGUCCGAAAGGCCCACGAGCUGGUGAAAGCCGAGUCGGAUCUGCAGAUGCAGUUUUCCUCCAUCUUGGAGGCCACCGCUGAGCCGCCGUGGAUGCGAAAGCCACAGAACGAGCGCGAGGAACUCUCACCGGAUAGAAAACUUGGCAAGCCCAGAUCCAGUCUGGGACGCUCGCCGCGCCGUAAAGAGAUGUCGCCGAGCCGGCAUGACCUAGAGCGGUCUAUGGACGGCAAGGAAGGUGGCUCUCAAGGCCGAAACGGCGCGCUCGAUUUCACCGGGGGUGAACGCCAGUCCCGAGAAAGGCAAAAGAUUCAUCGAGCGCGCAGUCACGAGGGAGCGAAGGAAAGCGUUCAAGCGAGAGCUUUUGCUGAUGAUUCUUUUGAGGACAUGAAGAGAGCUUCUCCAAAUGAAUACAGUGUCAAUGAAGAUCUAAACCUGAAGUACCACGACAUGAGUUUGGACGGGAAACCGCUCCAGAACAAAAGACUCUCUGUCCUGCAGUCGUCCGCGUCUAGCCCGAACGCCGACUCCUGGGGCAGAUCCGGCGCCAGCGGCACGGAGCUGUUGGACGGAAACUUCAACCUCCAGCUGGAGGAGAGCGGGCUCUCCGGCAAGGACGAGGAGAGGAAGUCGCUGUCGCGGAUUCAGCUGGACGAGGAGAGAGACGACUCGUACCAGGACGUGGAGGAAAAGCUGCUGUCGCUGCUUCAGAUGUCGGGAGCUUUCGACGUGCGCAAAUCCCUGAACGACAGUCAGUUCGGGCUCGGCGUUAAAUCCGACGUCUCCGAAAUGGACGAGUCUGUCAUCGGAGCUACCAAAAAGAAGAGCGCGAGGGGCCUCAUUUAUGACACCGAUGAAGACGAAGCCGACGAAAUAGAGGACGAGGCCACCCCGCUAUCAACCAACAACUUAUCACUGCAGGGAUCCUCCACGCCAAAGUCAUCUAGCUCGGGCUCUAGGAGGAGCAUCCGGGGGAACGGCUUCCGUCGCUCCGUUGUGCACUCUGUCAUCCCAGACUUUGGCCAUGUAAACGAGGUUUCAGUGAGGUCUUCUGAUGAGGGCGAAGAGGAAGAUUUGAACGCCAUGACGCACGAUACGGCCGGAGAGAACACCGAUAAUUAUGACGAAGAAGGAGAGGAGGAUGCGGACGAGGAGGAGGAAGCGAGCCCCCCGAGCAGUAACCCCGAAACGCCCUAUGAAAUGGCGUCCAACUCGGCGGGCAAAACGGCGAUGGAGUGGGCCGACGACUAUCAGUCGCUGGUGACGCGAGGCCACGAGUCGCUCCACCAAGGCCAACUGGAAGAGGCUCUGGAUUCGUUCCUUAAGGCCGAGGAAAUCCAGCCCGGAGAUCCCGAGAUCCAGUCGUACGUUUUGGAGCUGAAAAGACAGCUCGGUCACGCGUAA